GUCCAUUUUCUGUCCCAACAAACGUCAUUUCACAAUACGCUGAAGAGUUUCUUAUUGCCACCAUGAUGGCCGAGGACAAGAAGCCGCAGGAGGAGCUCGAGUUCAUUAGCGUCGAGCCGGAAACACAGCCGACUAAUGUCCCCGCAUCGACCGAAAGAUCCACAAACGCCAAGGCGGCCGCCAGUCCAAAAGCUAGCGACAAAGAGGCGCUACUCACAUCCAUGCGGAAGGUGGUGACGAGUGCCAAGCACCCAGUAGCUGCCUUCUUUCACUUGUUCUUCAAGGGCCUGGCAUUGCUGCUGUAUCUGUUCGGCAGUAUCUUCAUCAGCAACUUUGUCUUCAUCUUUGUGGUCUGCAUCUUACUAUUGGCCUUCGACUUCUGGACGGUCAAGAAUGUGACGGGUCGAUUGCUCGUGGGUCUGCGCUGGUGGAACAAGAUCAACGAGGACGGCACGAGCGAGUGGGUCUUUGAGUCCCACGAGGACAUGACGGAGAUCGACCCGCUGGACUCGCGUGUCUUCUGGACGGGACUCUACGGCGCUCCAGCUCUGUGGGUCAUGCUGCUCAUCAUCGCUGUGCUCAAAUUCAACGUGGAAUGGGCUCUCAUCGUCGUGGUCGCUGUGGCUCUUAGCGGUGCCAAUAUCAUCGGCUACACGAGAUGCAAGAAGGAUGCCAAGCAGAAAAUGCAGUCGCUGAUGUCCCAAGGCGCUUUGGGCGCCUUCAGCUCGUCCGCCGGCUCUUCAAUCAUGUCCACUAUCGGUGGAUUGGCGCUUGGUGGAGGCCUCAGUGGCCUUGGCAAUGUAGCAGCCAAGAAACCUACCAAGACUGAAGUCGUCGUCUAAGGGAAGACACUGCACUAACCUCAACAAAGACUCGAGUUGUCAAUAGCGUAUUGUAUGUGUAUUUCUCACUAGAGCAAGAAACAUGAAGAAGAGAAAUCAGUCAAGAGGUUUACGACCUCUUUGGUGCUGUCCAAUGUCUGAGAUCAGCACUAACGCAUACUUGCUAUCAUCUCUCUUGGAGGCUUUUAGCUGCUGCCAGAGUCGGCGAUCAAAUCCUUCAUCUGCUCGUUCAACUG